AUGGCCCACCCUGCUUUGAUUGAGGUCGUUACGGAGCCGGAUAAGUCGAAAGCGCAGAGCCCGCAUGCCCAAAAGCACCGCCCGGCGGCAGCGCUCGGGGGCACCUCGUUCCUCCCGCCCCGAGAUUCAGAGAUGCAGCUCAAGUCCCUCCUCUUCCUCGCCCUCGCCGCCCUCGCCGCGGCCGAGCUCGACGAGCGCGCGCCCACAAAGGCCGAGUGCUGCUGCUGCUACGGCGGGCCCUCGGUCGGCUGCGCCGCGGACCUCGACUGCUCCGACAUCACCACCAGCGUCUGCUUCGACACGCUGUGCCCCUUCAAAUAG